UCAAAUACAAAACAUCGACACAGACAAUUUACAAUAAAAACAAUGAGUUCAAUAAGUGAAAUUAAUGAAGCGGCCCGACAACCGAAGCCGGAUAAAAAGCGUCUGAAAAAAAUGUUCAGCUGGACCGAUGACGGAACGUAAGUAACUGCACCACAUCAAUGACAUAAUUUUUUUUAUUCUCGCUUUAAUUUUUGCAUGCGCUUCUAUGCUCCUCAGUUCAGAAAAAUCAUUUGCUAAUUUAACCUGCGUCUAAAUCACUUUAUUACCCAUAUUUUAUCGGAAAUCCCCAAUCAGCGUUGUUUUGAGCGUGACUUUUCUGGUGCGUGACGUAUUCCAAAUGCACAUUGAAACGAAAUCAGAAAACCACAAAACGAUAGCAUUCUCAUCUUCCAUUCAUUCAUAUGCAUCCGACCAAACAAACAAACAAACAAACUGUAAUUAAUCCAUUAUUAUUUGUGACGAUGUUUCCAAUUCUCAAAAAACAAAUCAUUCAUUUGUGCAUCAUGUAAUAAUGAGGCUUGGAAAAAGUGGAGAUUUUAUUGCAUUUACUAAGACGAUGAUUGUUCAACACUCAUCCAAAAUCCUCACAUCUUCGGCAUGAAUUGCAUUCCAUUGACGUUAGUUCAACGGAUCAAUUCACUUUAUUCCUAUCAAUUAUAUCCAGCGUGUACGUCAGUGGACUCUUUUUUUUGGUCUGUGUUUUAUGUUGGUGCCUUUUAAGUGUUAUUGACACGCGCAUUGGACAAUGCGCUGCAUUUCAGUUCAUUGGAGCUCAAUUCAGUUAUACGGAUUCGCCACGCAGAACUUGAUUAGUAGUUUUUCUUGUUUUUUUUUUUUCAUUCGUUGCCACUGCUUUGCCUGCACGCACAUUCAUAACUUCUUCAGGCCGACUACUCUGACGACAUUGUAAAUACUUUUUUGUUUUGCACUCUACGCUGUCUAUAUUACGUAUGCACCGUUUCUUCGAUGUAAUCCUGCCUGCAGUCACUGAGAAUUCAUGCUCUUUCAAUGCAAUCCGCGUACAUUGACUACCUAAAAUUGCCAAACAAUCCGACUCCGCGUCAUUCAAUGACAAUUAUCGCAAGAAUCCGGUUCACAUCAAUACAACCGGAGAGAUCAGUGAAUUGCCUGUUUCGAAAUGAUUUUCAAAUUCUUGUAAACAAAAAAAUUUGCUCCAUGCAAAACGACUGAUAAUAACACGGCUAUUGUAUAGACAUGCGUGAUUCUAAUCAAAUUAGCUUUACGAUAACAAUCCCAGUGAAGAUUCUUACGAUUGAAAUUAUUUUUUUCGUUUUCACUUUGCUAAGGAAUGCACGCUAUGGUAAAUAUCUGAAGUGAAUGGCACAACUAUGGAAACCACCUUGUAAACGGCUUGCACGGACUGACUUGUCUGACCCUCUCUUUGGCGUUUUUUUUUUCUUCUUUUUCUUCUUCUUGUUCCAUUCAACCGUCCGACGACGACAACAAUAAAAACGCUUUUAGCAAGUGCAAAAGAGUGAUAAUUUUUUGGUCAAUGAAAUCUCAUAUACAUGGUUGUAUAUUGUCAUCCUUCGAUGCACGACGAUAUUUGCGAUCAUCAUGAAAUAUUUGGCAAAUAAAAUUCUCAAAGAGUCGUACGAAAUACAGCUAAUAUCCAAAUAGAUUUUAAAUCAUUGGCGACAAACAAACCAAAUGUUGUCACCAUGAAUAAACCAUUCAAGUCAGUCAAUUAUUACCUCACAGUAUUGAUGCUAAAAGUGAGUGCUCAAAGUUUCAGUUGAAGGUCUCAAUUUCUAGUCGAUUUUAAUUUCAGACGAAAGAAAUAGUUAUCCGGCCGUUCAUCAUUCUUCUGACCACAUUUUUUUCCACUCUGAUCUUUUUUUUCGCUUUCAUCCUACAGCAGUUGUUCAAAUGUUUUUGUUCCUGAUUUGGUUGCUGUGCAGUGUGCAUGUUUUAUUUGUUUUGUCCAUGCUUUGACGUUGGUCCAAUCAGAUUCGUUUUUAAAAUAUAGCUUUUGCCGUUAUUAUUCUGUAUGAAUAUUACGUGCACACAAUCUCUCAAAUGACACCCAUUUUUCGUAUAGUUGCAAACAGUGGCUGGUAGUUUGUGCAAGCAAAUAACAGCCUGAAAAUUGAAUAGAUAUCUUCUAGGCGCUGCAUCGCGUGUGCACAUUGCACAGUCGAAUUCAUCGAUAAAGCGAAUUAGAAAGAAAUCACAACAAAUUUGAUGGAAGAUUACGUUACGAGGUAGGCGCGCACUCAAGAAACUAUUAAAUUACAUGUGAAAAACAUGAAUAAAAAGUGAUCAACAAAAAUAGCAUAUUCGUAAUCAGAGUAUCUUGUUGUGAUCGGGCCAAACGAGUCACUCCAUCAUCACAGAUUAUGUUUCACGUUAUCGAUGUCGGCGGUGUUUGUGUGCGUGUGUGUACACUCGCGCGCAAAACUUUUUCAUUCGCCAGAGUGACAGUGCAAAAAUAAACACCACUCAAUUCGAUUUCAAAUUGUGGUGGAUGUUUAUUCCAGCAGUGUGCGCUCGUCUCUCACACACAGUCGACAGAGUUUAUGCACGUUAAUUUGUUGGCUGCAUGCAAUUAUUGCAAUAGGCGAUUUAAAUGGAAUACAUAAAACUGGUUUUCAUUGUAAUUUCGUAACUCUCUGCUUAUUGCGUAUUUAUUACUCAUUGAUCUUACAUUACUUGUACGACUCUUGAUUAAGAUUCACUUAUAUCGCCAAAUAUAUUAACAUGCAACUCUUUUGCGAUUGCACUCGUUCACAAUUCUAAAAGAAUGUGAAUCAUAAUGCAAGAUUUAAGUUCAGGAAUUGUGAUUCAGAAACAUGAAAUACCCAAUUAAUUGGUGAGUACUUGGAAGUGUCUGAGUUUUAUGGCUUUUUCCAGUAGUAAAGAUGAUUGCACGCGAUUUGAACCGAUUUGAGAGAGAUUAUUAUAUAUUUCUGUCAGAAAAAACUCCAUCACCUGAGUCAAGCGUCUCUGAAAAUGGAUAAAAAUUGCGUCAUAAAAUUGACUAAUUGGUGUGCCCUUUGCUCCACAAUUUUCUUAAACUGCAUAGUUCGCAUUCUUUGCUCAAUACUUUCAUAUCAUAUUAUGAUCAUCUUAAUACGAUUUGUUUUGCUGGACUAUGGCAUCCAAGUUUGAAUCAUUCGCUCCUGAUGAAAAUAAAUAUUAUUUUUUCUUUUUAAGUGGUUUUCGUUUUCCUCGAUACUUCGACAAGAAUAUUCAUGUUUCAAAAGACAUCAACACUAUUCCACCACGUCAUUGGUCGAUUGAACAUUGAGGAUUUCCUAUUCCAUAUAGGUUUUAUUAAGGGUUUAAAAAAAAUUUCAUUAAAAGAAUUGCCUUUUAAAUUAUUUUCUUAUUCCUGAACGAUAAUCAUACGUUCAAUAUGUAAAUAUUAAACCGUUGAUUAUUUGCCUCGUCGCCAAAGAUCAUAAUGUAAAGAGUCUAUUGCCAUCGAGUGAAACAUGCUGGCUGACUUAAAUGUUUACUUCAUGUAUAUAUUUAAAGUGGGAGAGAGAUUCUACCAUCGAAUAAUUGCUGUGCCAUUUAUAAGCGACGUAUCCACUUCACCACGACUGAGAGAAAAAAGUCAAGUGCCUGCCUUAUUUUUGCUGCUGAAAAUAUCGACAACUCGAAUAAAAUCAACACAAUCGAUAAACUCAAGUGGCUAUGGAAACAGAAUUCUCAAAGUAAAUGGCAAACGAAGGUCCAUUGGCAGCUUUUUUUCUUCGCUCCUAGAAAUCGUAUUCACCGAAUCAUAAAUAUGGUUUGGUGUAUGUGUGCUUGACAUUUCCGCAUUGGCAAUAAAAAAAAAUCUAUUUUGAGCAUUUCUUUAUGAAAAUGAUUCCAUGAAAAACUGGUUGGUUCAACCAACUUGGAUGAAAUCUGAAGAAAAAGAAAACGGUAUUAAAUACAAGAAUCAAAUCAAACAAUACAACUACCAAGGUGAUCUUAAGCACUUCGAAUAACAAGUAAAAAUGAGUGAAAGUUUUUUUUUCUUCUUCAUCAGCUUCAAUCAGAUCACAAUAGAUAGAUAAAAAUAGCCAGUUCAUUAAUCUUCUACAUUAUUUUCGUCUGAAAAAUAAUAUAUAAAUAAGAUGAUAUGGCGAUGUCCAUUGAUUCUCUUGAAAAAUCCUUCAGACGCCCAUAAAAAAACGGCUGCUUAGAUUCCAUCGAAAACUGUGUUGAACACCGCUUUGGAAAGAACACAAAAUGUGAGCAUAGGCACGAUGUUCAUUUUAAAUGCAGACAUUAAUUUCGCAAAUAAUGACUUCAUUUAUAAGCUAAAAUUAAAAGCCAUUGAGCUCAAGUCCGAUAUCGUUAAAUAUUAGUGACAGCAAGUAAUGAAUUAUAUGCACAAACACUAAUCACAUUAUCAAUUCGAUUUGUAAUCGUUUCAAUUGGUUCAUAUGCGCUUAGUGCUGAUCAAGUGAGAAUAUAUGCUCUAUUAAUUGCAAUUAAAUGUUUUGAUUUUACAAAUCAAAAAUACUUAUAACAUCAUUUUCUUUCUGAUUCUAAGAAAAGAGUUUAGCCGUUCGAAUGAGUGGUUUGCAUUCAGAGAAGAUUACUUUUGUUGUGUGUUUUAUUGUUAUAAAUAAAUAUUGUAUUUAAAUGUAACCUUUUUUUUCUAUUUGAACAUUCUCUAUGUAUCGGCAUCGAUCGAAAAGCCGGCUCAUUUCCUUUUGCAAGUAAGCUUUAGAUGAUUUCCUCAUAUUCUAUUGCAGAAAUACCUUGAUAGUAAACAAAUGGGCCCAAUCACUCCUUCAGCAAUAAAAAUGCGUCUAAUUUUUUCUUCACUUCUAUUUAAACGAUAUAAAAACUGAAUGUGGCUUUUACAGUUGUUGUUGUUUCCAUUGUUAUUGCUCAUAUUCGUUUUCCUCACUGGAAAUGGAUUUCGAUUGUUUUGUAGAUUUUUCAUGCGGUGAAUGGUAAUUUAUGGGUUUAGCUUUUUUCCGUUCAUGCUAACAUGAAUGGAUCAGAUUGAAUAUUUAUUGAACAAUUAUAGAUGCAAUAGCUAAUCGAACAUUUACUAAUUACUGUUGGAAAUCAGUUGUGCGAAGACGGUGGCCAUUUCCUUUGAUAUCGACUUGCCAACAACCAACAACCAAUUCAUCAACGAAAAAGAAUGUAAUUUUUAAUUGGUUUUAUUUUUCAACUCUUUGUCGAACCUUGGCAACAGACACUUUUAACAUGUCAAUAAAAUCCAUUCAUUUAGCGUAAUCAAGGGGAGAACUUUAAAUUGAAAAGAAUUUCCGUUGCGUCGAUUUUGUGCAAUCUUCUGACGAAAAUAAAUAAAGGACAAGCGCAAAUUACACAUUUACAGUGUCGAAUGUUAUUAGAUGGAUGUUACUAAAAUGUCAUUAUUUAAUCUGCGGAAAAACUCUUCCGUUGAAUUCCAAGUGCACAUCACACACACACACACACACACACACACACACACACACACAUCUUAAUCUGAAGGUUCUGAUUAGAUAGAUUUUAAUUGUCAUUGCGAUAGAGGAUUUGCAAGAGCAUAUUGCAUUUCUUGAACAACAACAACAGCCACAAAAAAAGUCUGUCUCUUUAUUUAUCUGAAUGUGAUAAAUUUGAAUAGAGAUUAGUGUGGAAUUGCACCAAAUCGGGAAUGCAUUUUAAUUGAUUUUGCCAUGUGCGCUAUUCAUUCACACACACACACACACACACACACACACACGGGCAUAUUUGUUUUUAUCAAUUUGAAUGGAUCGACCACGAGGCCAUAAGAUCGCGCUCUGUGUGAUUUUAAUCGAAUUUGCAUGUGAAUUGCAAUGAUUUUUAUUUUUGUUUUUGUUUUUCACAUUCGCAUUCCCAUUUGUGAUGACAGCCAUUAAACGUCUGCAAACAAAUUGCAUGAUGAACACGAAAAUUACUGAGAGUGCAAUUAAAAUUGAGUAUUUUUUUUUUGUUUCUGCAGAAAAAUCGCCAACCAAAUCAAUGUUAUUGUUGAAUUUGAGAUCAGCUUUUCAAUCGUACAUUUUCAACUCACAUGAAUAGCGUAAUAGUUGUUAUAACGUAUGCUUCGCAAUAGAAUAACGUACAAAUAAAUAAAUGUUUGAAUUGCAUUCACGUACUCACUCGACCACCGUCGAAUACACAAUUGGACGCCGGAAAAAUAUCUAUACGACGCAUAUAUUCAUUUCAUUUUACGCAUUUUAUUUUCACGUGCCAUUCAAAUUUAUGGCCGCUUUCAUUUGAAAAUAAGAUAUCACAAUGCAAAUAACAUUAGAAAAGCCAUAACUCAGCGGUUCUCACUCGGAUGAGUCAUUUUCUCAUUCAUACAUGUGUCACCGAAUGAAAUAUGUCUCGGUUCGCAACUUCACAUUUUGCUUCUUUGCGCUUCAUGAUUGCCGUUGUGACUAAAGAGAGUAUUUGGUUGAAGAAAAUUGCGUAUUUCAAACAUAAAACGAAACUCAAAGUAUCCUAUCCCAGAUGAUAAUGCUCCAGUUUAACAUAAUUUUGUACAGCCAAUUGCAAUCAUGUUGAAUGUUACAUUGAAUUUGAUAAAAGUUCAUUCAAAGUCAAUAGCCAGGAUAUGUAAUAUCACUGAUUUGAUACAAAACUGAUCGAAAAGCAGUAUUUACCGCUUCGUUCGUUCAUACUUAACAGUAAGUUCGAUCGUGAUUAGUAAAGCUCUGCUGUCCACUGGCCGCAAUACUUCACAGAGGUCGCUGAGUAUCGUUGUUCAAAGCACGGGCAAAAAACAUUUUGCACGCUUCAUUGAAAUACAAUGUUAAUUUGCAAAAUGAAUAAAUGGAAAAAUUUCAAAGUUGGAAAUUUGAUGAUAAUCUUCCAUAAUUUAUCCAGAUUGUAUAUAUGAAUAAUAAAUUGUAGUUAGCGAUGAUUUUCGCUGUUUUUCGAAGCUUUUUGCCCGAACAAUCGUCGGCGAUUUUUGAAAGGCGAUUUAAAGCUUUAUUCGUGUUUUGUUUUUACAGCUUUGCCCAUUCCGUUGCGAAACACAUUGCAAUUUCCACGUGAAACAAAAAGAAACGGUGCUUCUCGUAUUUCGAGAUUGGAUGUAGGACAUAUGUUUCCUUGAAUAAAAAAAAAACGUUCCGAUCAAUCGACUUGAAUAUGCGAACGUGCGAAACUAGAUCCUACAUAAUUUUGAUAUUAUUAAUUUAUCCUUAAUGCACUGAACACGUAGGUCAACGGAAUUGAUUGAUGGAAGGUUGACGCAAAUCAAUUUGGUUUCUGUGUGUAUUUUUGUCUUGUUCAAAAGGUGUUCCACUUACAAAAUUCUAUGUGGCCUGGAACUUGUUUACAGUGAACAAAACACAAUUUCGAGAGCAGUUAGAAUGCUACUUUUCGUAUGAGUUUUUGUCAUAACAUUUGAUGUUAAGUACAGCUCCAGUCACAUCUAUUACACCACUAUUAAAAAGAUUGUAUUAAAUUUUCCUGCCGAUCGAUUUAAUUACACACACUUUUCUUUUCCCCUGGAAGAAUGUCGCUGCAAAUGUUCAAAUCCAUUUUUUCUUAUAAAACAAACCAAUUUUUCAAUUUGAAAUUCUCCAAAGAAUCGUAAUUUGUCUUUGCAAUAAGAUCGCUUUGUUCCUCGUUAGAUGAACAAAUUAAAUUAGACUCUGUGUAAGGCCAGCGACGCAAAAAUUCCGCAAUGAAUAAUUUAAGCAAUGAAUGAUAGUAUCAAACGAGAGAUAGAGAGAGAAUAAAAAAAAAACGAAAUGAUUAAUGUUGUUUCUCUUUGAAAUAUGCGUUUCGAUAACGAGUGCAACGCUGACCUUGCAUCGACAAUGUAAAGACAAUUUGAGAAAUCUGAAUUAAAACUCUUUCAUCAUUUCAGAUUGCAUGCAAACACAUUGUAAAUCACAUCGCCUGUUACUUUCGCAACAGAAAGGAGAGAAAAAAAACCGAAUAGUGUACUAUUCUUACAAUCACACUAUUCGUCAAUUAUUCAAUUAGUUAUUUAAAUAUUUUAACAACUAAUUCAUUACUAUUUUAACAAUUAGAUCUCAUGAUUUGCCGGUGCAAAGAAAGCGUUCGAAAGGUGAGAAGAAGAGAGAGAGAGAGAAAGAGAAAGGGGGGGAGGAGAGCGGUAGACAGAGUGAAAUGAUUAUGUUUUCACAGAGCAUUGAAAAGGAAAAAAAAAUAUGCAUAUAAUUAAUUAUACUAGCAUGGAAUUCCCGAAAUUCGUUGCGGGUAUUUCCCCAAACGUCAAUUCAAAUUUAUCGCGUUUCAACGCGAAUCGCAAAACUCGGUCAUUUCAGCGAUUAAUCAGAUCACAUGCGGUUCGCAUUCACCUAUUCUGCAAUUGCGUAAUUUUCGGACCAAUUCAAUAUGUUUUGGAUGGAUCCGCAGGCUGUGAAAAAGAAAACAACAACAAAAUAAAGAAAUGGUUUUAUCACGCGCGAAAUUCUCCCAAAAUAUGAACUAUGUAACAUUUAUAAUGUCUUAAAAUCUAUGGCAAUUGGUAACUAUUAAAAAAAAAUAGUUUAUGGCAUCUUUUUUGUGGUUGCUAUGGCCGAACAUUGUCGGUUUGCAUAAAUUACACAUUUUGCCACUCAAAACAAAUAUUUUCAUUCGAUAAUUUAUGAGUAAUUAAAUAAAAUUAAACUUACAAGUAUAAUUGGAGUAGUAGUUGAUUAAUGGGCCUCGGGCGAGCAACGGAGAAAAGAAGCAUCGUCCGACCGACCGAAUUCAUUUGAAGAGAACAGCAACACGUCAAGAAAGAAAAAAAAUGAUAAAAAUAAAUGAGCAAACAAUGACUAUACCGUGAUUGCACUCCUUUUCAAGAAUAUUGUAACCAAUUACGAACCAGCUCAAUAUUAAUUAUAACAUUUUGACCAUGAGAUCAAUGCACUUUUUUGCUUUUUUUUUUUUCUUUCUAUCAUUAUGCUAGUACGCAGUUUUCUCGAACAGUGCAAUUAAGUAACUUCUUACAGUUUUUUUUUCAAAAACAUUUUUUUAGUAUAUUUUUCACCAUCUGUUCGUAUUCCUUUUCGCCUGAUCGAUUCGACAAUUCCACGUCGAAAAAUGUUUGAAAGUUGAACUCGACGCCGGAAAAAAUAAAUUCACAACGAUAAACAUACAAUUGAACGCAAUAGAAAAUUCUAUUGCGAUUGAUUGUUCACAAACUAUUAACGAACAACUCUUUAACGAUUCAUUCGCUGGAGAGAAGUGGGAAAAAAACUUGAAUUCGAUGCACAUGAAUAUUAGGCUUGGGCUUUGACGUGGAAUCGUCGUACUAUUUAAUCUUUGCUAAUAACCAGAAAUUGUUUGAGCGUGUAACACAAGUAAACAUUGACUUGAUGUAUUCAACAGCGUUUAUUGCUUGUGUUAUUAGUUGUUUAAAGUUUCUCGUCUUGAAUAAUUUGGUCAAUGAUAGGUUCAAGUGUAUUAAAAUCAUGCGCAGUGAAAACUAGACGAAAACAAAAGACAGAGACACACACACAGAGAGAGAGGCAGAGAGCGAGAAAGAGAAGCACAGAGAGGUAGAGAGAGAGAGAGAGAGAGAGAGAAAAAGAGCGAAAAAAUACCAAGAAAAUGAAAAGUACAUGCAUAACGCAAAAAUUUGAAGUAUCUCACCUAUAACAUAUGAAAUUGACACCAUUUCAAGCGAAUUUUAAACUAAAUACACGACAACUGAUUAUCUUUUCGUCAAGGUCAUAUCACACGUCCAUGUUAAAAGCAAAUUUCAUCAUAUUUCAUUUGUUCAACUCGGCUCAUGGCUUAAUUAAUAAAAACUGAACAGUUCUUGUUUGCUUGAAACAUUGAAUCCCUUGACUCUUGUUAGUUUGUAUAAACAUUGUUGUGAGUCUUAUUAACUAAUCAGUCAAUAGUGAUCUGUUCAUAUUUAUUCUAAGCCUAUCUGAAAGUCCACCGGUCUCAAAUGGCAUGCGCAAACGAAUUAAUUACGAUGAGAAUCCGGCAGAAGUGUCAAGCGCAAUUUGUAAUGUUUUUCUUUAUAAAAAUGAGACUGAGUCAAUCACAUGUGAUGUGUUCGGGAAAGAAAAGUAUUGGAAAUUACGGAUAUAUCGAUGAGUUGACGAGUGUUCUCGAAAUUUAGUGUGUCAGCUGUAUUGGUGUGCGUGUAUGAAUAUGCAUACAAUAGAACAAAUUAAAUUGGCAAUCGUCGAAUGGAUUUCGUCAAAAAGUCGGAAAACCCGCUUGUUCAACACGCGUAACCCCAAUGACCUGCCGCGCGCGUACCACCUCUUUUAUCUAUCUCCUCUGUACCUGUCGAAAUAUGUCGUGUAUGAUGACUGGGAUGGUUUGGUAAAUGUUUUGUACUUUGGAGCGCAAUGCGUUCAACGCAACCGCCGAAUAUGAGGUGAAAUAAAAAGAAGUAUUGCUGAAAUGUUGGACUUGAAUUUUUAUUUGUAAUGGUUUUGUCGAUUGAUUCGGAACGAUUUCUCUAUUUCAUAAAUUCAAACAAGGAAAGACGUCAUGAAAACAAAGCAUAGAAAGAGAAAAAUCGUCAUAAAUGAAACUGUAUUGAAUUUUGCUGUGCUAUGCUGUGCUGUGCUGUUCCUCCAUCGAAUGCAAAUCACCAAUCGCACCAGCGGCUCUAACUCAUUUCUCUUCUUUUUCCACUGUUUCUCCACCUCAGUUGAACGGUUCCAUUCAUUCGUUCACAUGGUGCUGUUGGUUCAGUUUUGGCGACGGUGACAUAACCGAUACAUAAUCAAACUCGAAAAAUAUAUAUCUGAACUCGACGAAUUUUUAUAGUAAACGGCCAAACGUUAUUGUUAUGUGUUUGUGCACUUGGCCCACAAAACCCCAUCACCAUUUGCUAAUUCCAAAUGAGCUAAUUGGCUCACGCCAAACAUUCGCGCAUCGCGACCGAUCGCGCGACCGCACAAUGUUUCCACACAACUCUCUUCAAUGCGUUUGCCUACUGUGCGUUCGAUGUUCACAUUAAUCGUGGAUUCAAUGCAGGCUUUCACAAAAUGACCAUUCGGUAGAUCGUGAAUGUGUCUCAACUUGCGACCGCCGCAUUCAUUAUUCUCAUUCAUAACGAAUGCAAAAACUGCUUGGUAACAAAUUGAAGAAUAAACGACACAUUUCUUUCCUUCACAUUUUCAAAGUUCAAUUGAACAUUCAUGCACUGGCCGAUGAUCGCAAAAAUUGCGAGGAAAUAGUGAAAAUAGAAAUGGGUUGGUGUUAAUUUAUUUAUUUGUUCUAAGUACAUAUCUAUUUGGAUUGUUGUCUUCAAUUCGCUAGUCCCGAGCGUAAAGCGAAUUCGAGCGCAUUCGAUCACCGAAGAAAGAGAAGAAAAUUGAAGAAAAACAAUCACUUUGUAAACGCAAAGGAGCGUUAACGCACAAAAUAAACAGCCAUACGAAAUGGGUAUCUCGAAAUUUUGUGUUGCGCAUCGCACAAUUUCGAGGAAAUUUAAAGAUGCUUACACAUAACACGUGCAUGAUUGAGUUACAGUAUCUCAAUCAUGAACAUUUUACCAUGAGAUACAUUCGGCAUCUAAACACAUUCACGCACGCAUACAACUACACCAUACCAUCCAGAUAUCACAACAGCUUAAGACAUUCGACGGAUUGCUCAAGCUUUUUUUCCUCUUUUUUUUCGUACAAAAAGACGUUGCUUUUGUAAUAACAGCAAUAAUCAUAAUGAUAGCCCAUCAAUGGUUUUAUGAUGUAAACAACGCAAUAGCAUUGUUGUUCUAUCUCUAUUAACAUGAACCGUCGAAUUAAACAAAAAAAUAUGCAAAUUAGACCGAUUUCAGUUAGCUUAUCGGUAUUUAUGUAAAAGAAUUUUCUCUGCUGGAAAAAGGCGAUGGUUAAAGUUUUCAACUGGUUUUGUAGCCGCUAACCGCCGCUCAUAGAGUGGUUCAACAGAAGGCGUAUACCAAGCACACCUGUUGAAAAAACCCAUAGUUUCAACACGUCACAUCUUUAAAUGCGGAAUUUUGCACCAAAUUGUAAUAUCAUCUUUUUUCUUUUGUGUCGAUUCAACAACCUCCGGACAUGCUUUAAACUCGUAGAUUCUAAUAAUAACCAUGUCAAAUAUGAAAGAAAAAAACAACACUCACACACACCUUCAUCGCUAAAACCGUAAUACAUAUAUCGGAACGUGAGAUUUAUUAGCUUUUCUCCGUCCUCUUCAUCGCUUCUUCUGUGAAAUGUAUCCGGCCAUUGGUGUUGCGUCGUCGAACACAUCACAUUUGCCGGUUGUGAAAUAGAAGUAUGAUUACGAAAUAGAAUUGUUGCUUCAGACCAAUCUUAUUAGAAUAUUGUUUCGAGUAAAAUAAAUUAGCUCAUAUAUAAUCUUUAGCCAUAACAGUGUUGUCUUUUCAUUUCGUUGAUGGGUUUUUUUCUUUGUAGCGUCAUAUAUUUGAAUUGUGGAAAUCGACAUCAGUCGAUUGCAUUGAAUUAUCGGCGAUUUUUCUCACAGAAAAUGUGUUGCUAUGUUUGAUUUCACAGAAUCACGCCAUAUAAUUGUCAUUAGAGUUGGAGAAAAGAAAAAAAAGCAGCGGCAGUAGUAGUAGCAACAGCACAUUCGUACCAUAUGGAGAAAAAGGAAAGAAAAUCGAAUAAAGAGAUACGACAAAGCUCUUCCAAAAGCACAUUCCAAUCGCACUAAUUAUAUCGAUUUACAUGCUUCACCAGAGAGACAGUGACAGACUGAGGCCCCAUCCAUUUGGAGCCUCUGUAUGUGCAUGUGUGUGUGUGUGUGUGUGUGUGUUUAUGCGUCGCCAGUGUUGUUGUGAGUCGCGCGUGACACAUUCAUUAGGAUUAGAUAACAGUUGGUAUUGAUUUAAUAUCUUCAAACGUAACAAAAAUCACAGCAAAAUUCAAGCCGAACCACCAAAUCCCAUGUACCGCUAUCAUCUGUGCUGUGAUCAAAAUCGUAAUUAUGUAAUUUCUUUUUUUCCCAACACACAGAAAACACCAACACGUCAACAAACUAACCGGUGUGUGCACAACGCGCUUUAAUUUGAGACAGUGUUUCUCUGGGAUAUGCGACCGAAACAUAGCCGAUAUUAAUAUAGAGGAGAGUGAAUGAGAAAAAAGAGCCUAGCAUUUUAAUUAAUACCAAACAUUAAAUAAGCGAUUCCAUGACAAUUUUCGCAUUGCUUUUGAAUCUAACUCAAUUGCAUCGCAAAUUAUUCUCAGCAAAUUCAUUUUGCGGUUGCAAUUGCCCGCUUUUUAUCGGCCGUCUGUUAAUUUUCGAACCAUCGACGACUUUGUCAAAUGUAUCGUUCUGCACGCGUGAAAGUAGCACACAUGAUAUGCAAUUUGAACGUGUGCAACGGUGUACAGAUUUUUCUUUCUUCAAUUGCAUCAUUCAUCUCGAAUGCAUCGCAAUUCCUAUCAGCGUUGACACCAGCGCCGAGCCACAAUAAAAAUAUCAUCUGGCGUAACUGGUGGUAUGAGAGUGAAAAUUGCCAAUUUGAAUUAAAAUUAGCACAACGUUUUUUUUUUUUUUUUGAACCAUUCAAAUUAUGUCAAAUCCAUAGAAGAAGUGGCGAGCAAAGACCGUUGCGAUUUUAAAUAUGCCAAUGAAAGUGAAAUGUUAACGAAUCACUCCUAGUAUGGCAAUAUUUCGUCAUACAAGCGGUUGUAUUUCAAGAGCGAUUAACAAAGACGAGAGAAUUCUCGGCAACACAUAGAGCUGAUGGUCAAUCAAAGCCAUAUUCGUUUGCUUUCUAACAAUUAUGAUCUGGAGAUGUUUUGGACUUUUUUUUCCAUUUCUGAAUCAGCCAUUUGAUAUGGGCUAGAUUUCAAUUGGAUUUUAAAAUAUUGAAUUCACUUUGUUGCACGAUCAUUGCCGGUUUUUGUUGUUGUGCACGAUAUAAUGGUACGCGAUACUAGUUAGAAAAGGGAAACGAUUUCGUUUUUCAUGUGCUUUAUUCCCGUUUCGAAACAAAUACUUCAAAUGCUGCGUGACGUUCUUUCUCCUUGCAACAUACAUACACACACACACGCCCGAGAAACAGGAUAAUUACCAGGCAAUAGACAACAUUUAAUUAAAUGAAUGUGUUGGCAUGUUGAAUGAAGGCACAUGUUGAAUUAAUUGCGUCUAAAAGGCAAAACGUACCAAGAAUUCAGAAUGUAGAGUGUUGAAUGCUUUUUUUUCUCGAUGAGAUACACAACAAAAUGGUGAUUAUAUGUACAUUGAAAUGCGAUUCAACGCGAUCCAGUUUUGAAUCUAUUUAAAAUAAUCGACUUGAUUGAAUGGAAAGUUGAACUGGUGUCGUUUUUGUUGUGUUGCUCUUGUUGCUGUUGCUGUCUUUUCUUCUUUGGGCUUUUGUCACGUUAUAUAUUGACGAAAUCACACAACCACUCGAAUUUACAUAUAUGCAACGAUUUCAUAAUUCAUUCGAUCGACGAAUUAAAGCUCUCUUCAUAAUCAACUCCAUUUUCGAUCGAUUGUGCACAUGUAAUGUGAUCAAUAAUAAUAAUUCGCCCGGUCGUAUUGCCGCAUUGUACAAUUCAAUAUUCGAUGUUAUAUGGUCGAAGUGUACAUUGCGAGCGGGUGCGCUCGUUCGCUCUGGCCGCCACCGUCGUCGUCGUCGUUAUUUCGUACGACGAAGGCAGUUUUUCCAAUGACAAUUGCUCGCAUUUCUUCUGUCUUCAGACGGUGUGUCUGUUGACAUACCGUACCCGGGUGGCGCUGUGUUGCUUCCACUUCUUCUUUUUUUAUUUGUAUUAUAUUUUUUGCAGUCCAUGUAAUUCCAUCGAUGUUCGAUUGUACAUUCGCUCUGAAAAUUAUUGAUAUUAUAUAAGAUUCACCUUUAAUCAUUUGUGCAUUGGUAUUCAUGCCGCUUAUUUACAAUGAAGCACAAGUCAUGAGAAAAUAGCGAUACAAAGCACAGAAAAAAAGAUCGACCGCAACAGUUGCAGCCAAAAAAGUGAUACGAAACGAAACGAAAAAGAAAGAGAGGAACCGUUCUUCAUCCUUGUUUAUGAUGCAAAGUGAAGUGGCCUCUCACAAAUUCACUUUUCGUUACCAUUCAUUCUGAACGUUUUCUAUUCAUAACGAAGUGCCUUUGGCAAAUGAAAGGGUUCAUCGUUUCAUAUCUUACUGAAAAUAUUGAUCGCAUCAGGUGAAUUUAUUUCAUUUUGUUUUUGUUUUUGUUAUUGUCUAUGCUGAACCAUUAAGGUUACCGAGCAUUCAAUAGCAAGUUGUACCCCAGCCGGUCAUUUCAUGUUUCGUUCUUAUGUCGUGUUUGUGUGUGUAUAUAUCUCCCUCUGUAUGUGUGUGUGCUUCGUCGAAACGCUUUUGCUCUCGCCAUUGGUCAUGUACAACAACUACGCAGCAAACGUUAACACAUUAUUAUUUACAAGGCAUGAGCCAAAGCGCUAAGCACAGACAGCAAAAAGAGUGAAGCGUUUUUCUCUUUCGAAAUACUUGUCGCUUGUAAACGGAUCGCAUUGGUUAUUUUAUAUGCAUCAUAUUGCUUCGAUAUACGUUCAAAGUAUGCGUCUAUAACGAAUCGCUUUUUAAAUGUGUUGUGUUGCAGAAUGGUGAAUGCAUAGGUCCGUAGCCGUAGCUUGGUUGUGAAUUUCCAGUGUUGGCACACUGAUGUCUGUGGCUAUUCGGUACGAAAAAUAACAGCAAAACAGCAAACAGCAACAUCAUGUUAAGCUCUCUUAGCGGCUCGAUGCCAUGUGCGGCGAUAGCGCGUUCGAACGCGCAUGCGUUCAACGCUUUACAAGCGGAUUAAAAUCAAUCAGAAACAUAUUUUACGUUAAUUUUUUCAUAAACUAUCCAGUUGUGUUUAUGGAUAGUAACUGCACUAGCGUGACGCUGCUUAGACUGGAGCAACAUACGCCGAAGAACGAUAUUUCAUUUCCGAAAAUAAAUUAUCAAUCGGUUUCUAGGGAGACAAACGAUCGCAGUGAGAGACCAACCAACGAAGAAAAAAAAAAACUACUGCACAUAUUUGUAUUGACCACUCCGAAACAUUCACAUCGAACAUUCGUACCGAACGAUGUAAUUGAAAUUUGCAAGAAAACACAAUAUCAAACCUGAAGAAAAAAAAUUUUGUUCGUUGUUUUUUUUUUUUAAAUCAGUUAGUUUUUUCUCAACGUUUUCACGCACAUAUUCAACGUGUUGCAUUUGGAUUAUUUCAUUAAUUUCAUUGUAGUGCUGUUUUUCGGCAUCACCGUUUCUGAUUGUUCACUUGCUCAGGUUUUGCGAGCGUGUGUGUCUUUCUCCGCGAUUGUAUGAUUUGUUAGUGAAGAUAUCGUCGCUGUUAUUAGUCAACUUUGGACACUCGAUCAUCUAAGAUGUCCAUAGCGCGUGCAACUUAAUCGAAUAAACAACAACAAAUAUAUACAUAUAUAUAUUGAAAUAUAUAUGUCAGUCAUAUAUAUAUCGACGUUAGCCAUAAAAAAUAAAUUAAGUUCGGUGGCAACUGCAACGAUCGUGUGUUAAAAAUCGAUUUAUUUCGUUUUUUUUUCUCGAAAGAAAAAGAAAAACAAAAAAGAAAAAGUAAGAAAAAUACAAAAGUUUUUGUGUACAUUUUUCCUCUCGAGAGAAUUCGGUUUCAAUUGUGUGAAAUUCGGUGUAAUUUUUUUUUGCAGACUUUCUUUCGAUUCCGUGUUUUGAAAAUACCGGAUUACUUAAAAAAUCUAUAGACUCUCUUUUUGGCACACAAUAAAACAAAAUAGCAACACAAAAUGUUAAUAAAGGGCAGUGAUACAAAUAUAUCAAUCAUCGACGACGGUGGGACAGUAUGGAGCCGACAACAGAAUGCUGUAUCUGUGCGACACGCCUUCAAACAAUAUGGAAGCAAAUCAAAACCAAAUCAAGUCCUGAUUAAUUUAAAUAUGACUGUAGCAAAAGGAACUAUAUAUGGUCUUCUGGGUGCCUCAGGUUGUGGGAAAACAACAUUAUUAUCAUGUAUUGUGGGACGACGCAAGCUUAACUCCGGCGAAAUUUAUGUAUUGGGCGGAAAGCCAGGCACCAAAGGUUCUGGCGUUCCAGGCAAAAGAGUUGGAUACAUGCCACAGGAAAUUGCACUGUAUGGUGAAUUUACGAUCAAAGAAACGAUGAUGUAUUUUGGCUGGAUUUUCGGCAUGAAAACCGAAGAAAUCUGUGAACGUUUGCGUUUUUUGCUUGAAUUCUUGGAUCUGCCAUCGCAAAAUCGACUAGUAAAAAAUUUAAGUGGUGGCCAACAGAGGCGUGUUUCAUUUGCCGUUGCUCUUAUGCACGACCCAGAAUUGUUAAUUCUGGACGAGCCAACAGUCGGUGUCGAUCCACUAUUACGACAAAGUAUUUGGAAUCAUCUUGUACACAUAACCAAAGCUGGCCAAAAAACGGUCAUUAUCACAACACAUUAUAUUGAAGAAGCUAGACAGGCACACACGAUUGGUUUGAUGCGUUCAGGGCGGUUGCUUGCCGAAGAAUCGCCUGCAGCUCUUCUAGCCACUUACCGUUGCAAAAAUUUGGAAGAUGUGUUUUUGCAACUGUCCCGAAAACAAGGAACCACCAACGCUGUAAACGAGCUGAAUAUUAGCAAUUUAUCGCUAUCGGCUCUUGCAUUUGGUAACAAAAAAGAUGCUCCAGUUUAUAUCAGUCAAGAUAGUGGUGUAGUAGGUUUGAAUUUCCAUCAAAGCAAAGAAGUACUUAUCAACGAUCACAAUGGAUCUGCAAUGGGGGAUUCAGACCUAGCUUUGGCACAAGUGUCAGCAUCCGAACACAAGAAUACGCAUUGUGCGCCUCCAAGUCAGGAGCGAAAUAACAACAACAUUCAAAUUAUAGCACAUAGUAACAAUAAUAAUAAUAAUCAGCUGAAUGGAACCAACGUUUACCGGAAUGGUGGAAUUGAUUAUGACGAUUUGUCGACUACUGAUCUUUCUGAAUGUUGCAACUUGACAUCCAGAGGAAAAAUUCGUGCCUUAUUACAAAAGAAUUUUUUGCGAAUGUGGAGAAAUGUUGGUGUUAUGCUAUUCAUUUUUGCGUUGCCAGUCAUGCAAGUUAUUCUCUUCUGUUUGGCCAUCGGCCGCGAUCCAACUGGAUUAAGAUUAGCCGUAGCAAACAUGGAAAUGAACGAUACAAUGCACUGCCCAGUCCAAAAGGGAUGCGAUUUCGCAAAUUUGUCAUGUCGUUACCUGAGUCACUUAAAUUCAACUAUAAUCAAAGAAUACUAUCCGGAUCCGGAAUCGGCAGUUGAAGCGGUACGAAUAGGUCACGCCUGGGGUGCUGUUUAUUUCACAGAGAAUUUCACCGAUGCCUUGGUUGCUCGAAUGGCUCUUGGACGAGAUGCAGAUGAUGAAACAUUAGAUCAGUCUGAAAUUCGUGUAUGGUUGGAUAUGUCGAAUCAACAGAUUGGAAUUUUGCUUAACCGUGAUCUUCAGUUGACGUACAAAGAUUUUGCCCAAGGAUUACUACGUGACUGUGAGCAUAAUCCGAAAUUGGGUGACAUUCCAAUUCAAUUCAAGGAGCCAAUCUACGGAACAAGUACACCAUCAUUCACUGAUUUCGUAGCGCCUGGUGUAAUUCUAACAAUCGUCUUUUUCUUGGCUGUCGCACUGACAUCGUCGGCAUUGAUCAUUGAACGAACAGAGGGUCUUCUUGAUCGUUCAUGGGUGGCUGGUGUGACUCCAUUUGAAAUUCUCUUCUCGCACGUUGUCACUCAAUUCGUGGUGAUGUGUGGUCAAACGGCACUGGUUCUCAUUUUCAUGAUCCUAGUGUUCGAAAUCACAUGCAAUGGCGAUAUAUUCGGUGUCAUCGUACUGACGCUGUUACAAGGAAUGUGCGGUAUGUGCUUCGGCUUUGUAAUAUCUGCCAUCUGUGAACUGGAACGAAAUGCCAUACAACUUGCCCUCGGCUCAUUUUACCCAACACUUCUUCUAUCCGGUGUUAUUUGGCCCAUCGAAGGAAUGCCAUUUAUUCUGAAAUAUAUUUCCUAUUGUUUGCCAUUAACUCAAGCAACAACCGCAUUACGAUGCAUGCUGACCCGCGGUUGGGGUAUUAUGGAGCAAGAAGUUUAUUUAGGUUUUAUAUCAACUUUAACGUGGAUCGCUAUAUUUUUGGCAGUCACAAUGAUCGUAUUGAGGCUGAAACGUGGUUAAAAACAAGCAUCAAAUUUAUCAUUAAUAUUUACAAUUAAAGUUUUUAUUUAGACUUCAUCUUUUUCUUUGAUUUGACAGCCAAUUGUUUCUUCAUUGAUUUUUUUUUCUGCAGAAAAGAGAGAGCAAAAAAAAGAGAACUUUCAACUUUCGUCAUUGUUUUAUUGUGUAAUCGUAUCUUUCUUUUGAAAAAAAAAAAUGUUUCUUCUACUUUUGGAUAAUGAAACAAAGGCUUUAAUUAUUUGAAAAAGGUGAAACAAUGGAAAUGGUACAUUUUAAGUUAUUGCUGUUAGGAGGAUAAAAUAUUUAAAUUUGACAAACAAUUCAUUCACCGAACAAACGGAAUGUAAAUCAAUACAAAAAAAGAUUCGUUUAAUUCUUUCCUUUUUGAUUCAUAAGUGAGAACUACCAAAUAAUAACACGUGUAAAUAUAGAGAAAAAAAAAUUGAAAAAUAUGAACUACAGCCACAAUCCUGGGUCGAGGUUUAACUCAUGCAUACUCAUAUAAAGGAAAAAAAAUGAAUUCAUACAAGGUUCAAAUAUAAGCCAAUCGUAGAAUCUUGUGCAAUAAAUGACAAUCAAAUGGCUACAAAUUUAUUGUUCAAACAAAAUGACAAAAAAACAUUCAUCGCUUCACAUGUUAUCAUAUUAAAACAAAAUGUAUGUUCAAUAAAAAAAAAAUAGUGGUUACCAUAAAAUAGCGUUGAAUUUUUAUCCAUUUAAUAUUUACAUUUUGUAUUCAAAUCUAUUUAUGCAGAUUUCAAUUGCACUAAUUGGCAAAUUGACAAAUCUAACAGUAUCGAUUAUUUCGUUUUUUUUUUGUUUUUUUUUGCUCUUUGAAAAUUUCCAUUGAUAUCGAAAUUUAAAGUUCAAUGUGCGCGAGAUAUAGUUGAUCGGCAUAUAAAUAGAAAUAAAAAUUAAACUGUUGAAUAAACAAAAGAAAAAAAAAA